AUGAAGCUCUCCACUGUUCUCAUCGCAACCUUUGCCGUCAUGGCUGCCGCCUCUCCUGUUGUGCCCGACCUUUACGAGCACCCCGAGCUUUUGCAGGCCGAAUCGAGUGUCAACAAUGAUCCAGGCAGCCAACUCGCCAAGCGCCAGUCGUACACUAUCUGCGGCCAUUGCUACAAGAAUAUCAAGUGGUGUUCCUACUGCUGGAAGAACUUCUGCCACCGCUACACCAACCCCUGCUAA